AUGGCCAAGUUGGAGUUGCCCAAGAGGUUUCAGGGGGUGCACCUGGUAUUCCAUAAUAGCCUGCUGAAGGCAAAAACCCCUCCGGACAAAUGGCACACACGAGACGAGGCUCCUCCACCAGAACUGGUAAGAGGGGAACUACACCAGGAGAUGUGCAGCAUCCUAGACUCCCGGGUCUACUGGAAGAGACUGCAGUACCUGGUAGCAUGGGAAGAGAUGAACGAGUGGGUGGAAGCUAGAUAUGUUAGCACACCACGCUUAGUACGGGCGUUCCAUAAAGCAUACCCAGAAUGCCCGCAUCUAUCUUAUGAAAUACAGGCUGCCUUUCAACUGGUUAAGCCACUAGGUGCAGAUUUUAGAUUAACAAAGAUUGAUGACAACCACCUGAGCUUCAGCCCCCUACUUGCUACUCUCAGUCCACCACCCACUCCAGAGUGUCAUCUCCUCCAAGAGGUAUGCCCUAUAGCCAGCGCUGCCAUCAUCUAUGCUGGAGCCGGUGGCUCUGGGUCUAGAAUCUCAGUCUCCAGGGCUUCCAGCCUUGGCACAAGUUUUGGAGGUGGUGCAGAGGGCUCUGGAGGGUUCAGUAGCAGCUUCUCCUUAUUGGGCUCCAGAGUGGUCCAGAACGAGAAGGAGAGCAUGCAGGAUCUGAAUGACUGCCUGGCCAGCUACCUGGACAAGGUAAGCAGCCUGGUGGCCGGUAAUCGGAAACUGGAGCUCCAGAUCUGAGAGUACAUGGGAAAGAAAGGGCCCAGCGCUCAAAAUUGGAGCCACUACUUUGGCAUCAUCGAGGACCUCAAGAAUCAGAUCUUUGACAGCACAGUGGAUAAUGCUUGCAUUGUCCUGCAGAUUGACAAUGCUUGAUUGGCUGCCAAUGACUUCCGUGUCAAGCAUGAGGCUGAACUGGCUAUCUGUCAGUCUGUGGGAAAUGACCUCAAUGGCCUCCGUAAGGCUGAUGACACCAACAUGAGCUGCCUGUGGCUGGAGAGUGAGAUCGAAUUCCUCAAGGAGAGCUUUAUGGUUUUUAUGAAGAACCACCAGGAUGAAGUCAACAACUUGCAGGCUCAGAUCACCAGCUCUGGACUGACAGUGGAAGUGGACGCUCCCAAAACGCAGGACCUGUCCAAGGCCCAUGCAGAAAUCCGGUCUCAGUAUGAUGCUGUGGCUCAAAAGAACCUGGAGGAUUUGGACAAGUACUGGGGCCCGCAGAUUUCCGAGAGCACUGUCAACAUCACCCAGAAUACCAGAGAGGUUGAGGGUGCCUACAAUACGAUAACCAAUUUGCGUUGCACUGUCCAGACGUUGGAGAUUGAAUUGGAGUCUCUGCAAAACCUGAGAGCUGGUCUUGAGGCUAACCUACCUGAAGUGGAAGCCUGCUGUGGCAUGCAGAUGGAGCACCUUAACGGGCUGUUACUGUGGGUAGAAGCAGAGCUGGCACAGAUGCGGAACGAAGUGCAGCACCAGGCUGAUGAGUAUCAGGCUCUGCUGAACAUCAAGGACAAACUGGAGGCUGAGAUUGUUAUCUACAAGCACCUGCUGGAGGGCGGAGAGGAGCUGAGCCUGAAAGAUGCCUUGUUGGAAAGUACCAUGCAAACCACUCACCAAAUUUGUACAACCACAGUUGUCGAUGGCAAAGUGGUGUCCGAAUCAUCCGAAAGCAAAGUAUUGAAGCGUUGACCCUUUGCCAUGCAUGACAGGAAAUGCCUCCCAGUGCAGCAGAAGUGAGCUUUGUCUCUAAAUCAGAGAGUCGUUGAGAGGGAUUGGGGAGGCUUCC